CAGUCUGUGAUCGUUGGAGAAAGUAUAUUACGGCCGUCCAAGUGAAGAGACUUAAACACUGUUGAACUUGCGUCUCUGUCGUAUCUGUAUUCUGGCACAAACGUCACAACAACGCAUUGGAUAUACUGAUAAAGUUUAACAACGGCAAAAAUCAACAACACAAUGAGAUUUUUGGCAACGGGCUCGUUCCUGUUGGUCGCGCUCGUCGUGCAUGCCUCGACUGCGGAGGAAUGGUCGUGGGGAAAUGACAAGACAAAAACCAAGGAGCCGAGCGUUAAGUCCUCGGACUCCAUUGUAGCCACGGACCGCGAAGCCAAGUCGAUAGACUCGUAUUCGGCGGCCAAUGACGACGGCAGCCAGGAGGGUGAAAUCUCAUCCGCCAACGGCACGGACGCACAUCCCAGGCAUCUCAUCAGAGACAGACUGUGCGGCUUGGGUCUUAUGGAGUGUGACGAUGACGAGUUGGUGGAACCCAAACGCUACAUCGGUCCUCAGGAUCUAAUUUACGCACAGCCCGUGUCACUGAAACCCGUCGGACGUCCCAUUGCCGCCAUACCGAUCAAGUCGACUGGAUCACCGCUGUCAUCCGUUGGAUACGGUCCACCACGUCCUGUCCCGUAUCCGUCUGGAAGUUCGUCGUACGGCAGCGGCCCAUCGUCGUCGUUCGGUAGCGGUGGCCCAUCGUCGUACGGUAACGGCCCACCGUCGUCAUACGGCAGCGGCGGUCCGUCUUCGUUCGGCAACGGUCCACCCAUACGCAACCGGCCCGGCCCGGUAUACGGCAUCAGCAGCCGACCGCCACAGGUAUUCGAGUCCGAGGCCGCGGAGUCGUACCGGCCCAAGCAGCCAAUCUUAGGAGGAGUUCCAUCCGUGGCCCUGCCAGCCGGUGGCCUACAACAGCACGUCCACCAUCACUACCAUCAUGGUGACGGCGCGGACGGCAUCAAGGCCGCAUCGGCCGUCGUCGACUCAGGAUUUGGUCCGAUCAGCGGCCCAAUCGGUGGCCCACUCUACGGAGGCGGCGACGGUCCUCAGUCGUUGUACGGACAGAGCAGCAGCUUGUCCAACAGCUACGGAGGCAGCUUCGACAACUACGAGACUCCGGGUGGUCCACUUUACAAAAAACAGCUCAACAUAAAUGCACCGCCGCAGUCAAAUUCGCUGACCGGACCUUACGCCGGCGACCGGUAUCCGUCCUACGAGACUCCGAGGGCUGACAACUACGGGUGUUAUUGCGUGCCGUACGACCAAUGUUUGCCGCAUGAAGUGGCCCGCAAGGAGGACGGCAUCGCGGGCAUCGACCCCAGGAACCUACACCAACAAGGCAAGACCGACAUUGAGGCCAUCGGGCUGGACGAGGUGGUAGUCACUGACGGCAACGGUACCAUUGUUUCGCACCACAAACCGACAGCGGAUGUGGCCACCGACAAGAACGCCAAGGCGCGCCGGCGCAGGGACGCCCCACAGAGCAAACAAGACGCUGAACCGCGAAAAUUCGGGGGUCUUCUCGGGGGCAGUUCAGGAGGAGGCGGCGGAGCCGUAAACGAGGACUCUUCUGACGACACCGGAAGUUCCGGCGUCAAAGUCCGACCCACGUUUGGAGUAUCUUUUGGACUACCCUCCGGCGGCGGUGGCGGCUACCCAAUUAGCCCCUAUGGUCCCAAUCCCUCAGUGAACCCGUACGGCAAUUCCCUUGGGGGUGGUAAUGGUCUUAACUUGGGCUUGGUCAGCGUAAACCCACUAUUGUCGUUGCAAGUAAGCAAAGACGAGUACGGCGAGAAAAUAGUCAAGCCCUGGGUGAACUUACACGUGACACCCAACGCAGGCUUGGUGCACAAGGUCGGCGAUAUCGUACACAAGCUCAAGUCACCGCACUACGGCGGGGGUUAUGGGCACGAGUACCCCCCUUCAUACCUUCACCAGCAUAACCAUUACCAUGUGCCGCCUCCACCUUCACUACCUCCGUACCAUCACGGCGGCCCUUCGUAUUACGGCCCAUCAAAACCAUUCUACUACUCCAAGCCAUCGUUCGGUGGUGGAUACGGAGGAGGCGAAUAUGGCAGUGGUUACGGAAAUGGGGGUGGUUACGGGAGUGGCGGCUAUAACGGCGGUUAUAGCAACGGCGGUUAUGCACCCGAAUACCACUCGUACAGAGAGGAGGAAUACGAUGACCACAGCAAUUACGGUGCAUCAGCGGCCGGUGAUUAUUACGGCCAACAGCCCGACGAUUUCGAUUCAGAUUCAUACUAUAGGAGUUCCAACGUAACUGGUAGUGGUAACAGUGGUAGUAACAACGGUGGUUACAAUAGCCAUGACGAACCGUCGUCGUUCGGCGCCGCGGGUAGUCCAAAAGUAGCUUUCCCCAACGACCGUCAGUCCACGGGGUCCAUUAAGUUCGUAGGUGGCAGCCAACGAAGCAAAAGAGAUGUGGAAGAGCGUCAGUCAUCGUAUUCGGCUAGUGGCCGUUGCGGACCCAGACAAGUUUGCUGCAGACGACCACCCGCACCCAUCCACUCGGGUUCGUCUUCCAACUACGUCAGCACCGGACAAUGCGGUAAGAGGAACACUCACGGAAUCACCGGAAGGAUCAAGACGCCUGCGUACGUGGACGGAGACAGCGAGUUUGGUGAAUACCCAUGGCAAGUAGCCAUUCUCAAGAAAGACCCUCAGGAGAGUGUAUACGUCUGCGGCGGUACCCUGAUCGAUUCGUUGCACGUGCUCACUGCCGCCCACUGCGUCAAGACUUACCAAGAACAAGACUUGCGUGUCCGCCUGGGCGAAUGGGACGUAAACCACGACGUGGAAUUCUACCCGUACGUAGAAACGGACGUGGUCAGUAUGGUCAUCCACCGUGAGUUCUACGCUGGCACGUUGUACAACGACUUGGCCAUACUCCGAAUGGACAAGCCCGUUGACUUUUCCCGGAACCCACACAUUAGCCCAGCCUGCUUGCCGGACGCGUUCUCUGACUUCACUGGACAACGGUGCUGGACGACCGGCUGGGGCAAGGACGCAUUUGGAGAUUACGGAAAAUACCAGAACAUCCUCAAGGAAGUGGACGUUCCAGUGAUUUCUAACCGCCAGUGCGAAACGCAAUUGCAGCAGACCCGUCUUGGAUACGACUUCAAGUUGCACAACGGUUUCUUAUGCGCAGGCGGCGAAGAAGGAAAAGACGCGUGCAAGGGUGACGGCGGUGGUCCAUUGGUCUGCGAGCGCGCUGGUUCGUGGUAUUUGGUCGGAAUCGUCAGCUGGGGUGUGGGAUGCGGUCAACCCGGCGUGCCCGGCGUCUAUGUCAAGGUGGCUCACUACUUGGACUGGAUCAGACAAAUCACCAACAAAUACUAGAAUGAAAGAUGAAUCCGAGUGGAUAAUUAUUUUUAUUUUUUAAAUUAUUUAUUUUAAAUGUAUAUUAGUAUACUUACUAUAUUUUUUUGGAAUUGUAUCGUGGUGGACAAAGAAAUUUGAUUUUUUUUUGAACCCAUGUUAGAUAUUUUACUCUAUUAAUAUUUAUUGAUUGUAUGUAGAAAGAUUCCUGUAUAAUAUGCACGCCGUAAGUGCGUAUUGCGUGAUAUUGUAUUGUAUAUUGUAUUUGUAGUUUGUUUCAAACGACAUACAUUCGUAUACUCGACAAGGUCGAAAAGACUGAUAGGGUUGUUUUUAGGACUUAAACGGAGGAAUCUGAAAUUCUCGAUAGAUAAAAUAAAACACAAAUUCAUUUCAUUUCAUUUCAUUCAAAAACAUAACUAAGUAUUUAUCGUAUGUUUUCUAUGGUCAAGUAUAUUAUACUCAUGAGUGCUACUAUAAUAAUAUGUUACCAUUUUGAUAUUUCUAUAUUAUAUUAUUAUUUCACCACUUAAAACUAUGUAAGUAUUGUGCCACAGUGGUAGAAUAUAGAUAGGUAAUUAUGUAUCUGUCUUUACUCUAAUUAUGUACCAAUAGUGUUAAAAACCUUAAAUAUUAAUUUUAA